AUGCCCUUUAUUAACGAGUCAACAUCGCCAGCGUCAAAGAUCCGCAUCGCCAUAGAUCGCGGAGGAACAUUCACGGACUGUCUCGGCAUAGCCCCAGGGAAACCGGAUAUCCUUGUCAAGCUUCUCAGCAAUGACCCAACAAACUACGCCGAUGCUCCCAUAGAAGGCAUCCGUCGUAUUCUCGAAGCCGCCACGGGUAAGACCUUACCACGAGGCGAAAAGAUUGAUACAAGUGAGAUUGAAUCAAUCAAAAUGGGCACCACGGUAGCCACAAAUGCAUUACUCGAGCGAUCUUCAACACCUUGUGCACUGGUAGUGACGCGAGGGUUCAAGGAUCUGUUGCAGAUUGGUGACCAAACAAGACCAAAGCUAUUCGAUAUCAAUAUUCGUCGACCAGAGACACUAUUCAAAGAAGUGCUCGAGAUCGACGAGCGAGUGACGUUAUACGAUUCCACUGAAGACGUGACAGCCUUGACCGAUACAGAUAAGAAGAUGCUGGGACUCAGGAGAGGGGUUGGUGGGGAGUUUAUCCAGGUUCUUAAGCCCAUAAACAUCGAGGGAGCUAGACAGGGCCUACGGAGUCUGUUUGAACAAGGGGUCCGGGCUUUGGCAAUCACGCUACUUCACUCGUAUACAUUCCCUGACCAUGAACUAGAGCUGGCUCGUCUAGCAGAUGAGAUAGGAUUUACGCAGGUUUCCCUUUCAUCACAAAUCUUUCCCAUGAUCAAAGCCAUCUCAAGAGGCUACUCAUCCACUGCUGACGCCUAUCUAACGCCACUCACAAAAGCUUACGUCAAUGGCUUCCGAAGUGGCUUUGUAGGUAACCUUGAAGACUCCAAUGGAGCUAGAUGCGAGUUUAUGCAAAGCGAUGGUGGCCUCGUCAACUGGCAGAACUUCAGUGGCCUCAAGGCUAUUCUAUCUGGACCCGCAGGCGGUGUGGUUGGCUUCAGUCGUACAUGCUACGACCAACAGCGCCGCAAACCUGUGAUUGGAUUUGACAUGGGUGGUACCAGUACAGAUGUCUCAAGGUAUGCUGGUCACCUUGAGCACACCUUUGAGUCCAUUACGGCGGGAAUCACGAUUCAAAGCCCACAGCUCGAAGUGGAUACAGUUGCAGCAGGAGGUGGUAGUAUCCUAUCCUACAGUAACGGUCUUUUCCUCGCUGGGCCAGAAUCUGCCAGUGCCCACCCGGGUCCUGUUGCAUAUCGCAAAGGGGGGCCGCUGACUGUGACUGACGCCAAUCUCGUUUUGGGACGCCUGCAAUCUGAGUAUUUUCCGAAAAUAUUCGGUCCAAAUGAGAAUAAGCCUCUAGACUACGAAGGGAGUAGGGCAGCGUUCGAGGAGCUGUUGGCUGUCGUCAAUGCUGAUAUGACGGCUGCCGGUGCUCCUACAAAGACAGUUGAGGAACUAGCCCUUGGGUUCUUGCAAGUCGCGAAUGAGACCAUGUGCCGACCUAUUCGAUCCCUGACUGAAGCCAAAGGGUACCGCACCUCGGACCAUGAGCUGGCCGUAUUUGGUGGUGCUGGAGGACAACACGCCUGCGCUAUUGCAGCGAACCUUGGCAUUGAUCGAAUUUUGAUCCAUCGUUACUCCUCUAUUUUGUCUGCUUAUGGUAUGGCAUUGGCAGAUCUUGUCCAUGAUAUUCAACUCCCAUGCUCUUUGCCCCUCGAGGCUUCUUUGACAGAGCUUGAUGCCCGACUCAGGGACUUGGAAUUCAAAGCUGUCGAGAAGCUUGUUUCGGAUGGCGCAUCACCCCAGUCUAUCACAUUUCAACAUUUUCUGAACCUUCGAUACGUAGGGUCUGACACGACCUUUAUGAUUGCACGUCCCAAUCAGGGAACAUGGUCUGAGGCUUUCACAAACGAACACAAGAGACAAUUCUCUUUUAUAAUGUCCGGUCGUGAUAUUCUUGUUGAGAAUGUGAGAGUACGGGCCACGGCACAGAGUCCUUCUGUGGAGCCAGGCUUCAACCUUGAGAAGCAAAUGGAGGCCUCUCCCUUGGAAAGUGUCUCAAAAGACAAAAUCUCGGACAGGGUCCGAGUCUAUUUCCAGAGCGGUUGGUCCACAGCUCCUUUGUACCUCCUCACCUCUCUGGGUAAGGGCUGUCUUAUUCAAGGCCCUGCUAUUAUCCUUGAUGACCUCCAGACCAUCAUUGUCAGUCCUGAUGCUAAGGCGAUUAUUCUUGAACGCCAUGUUGUUAUUGAGCUAGAGGGCCAGCGACAGCUAAAGGGUGUUGGAGAAACAGUUUCUGGCCUAAAAACAGUUGAUCCUGUCCAGCUUACCGUCUUGUCUCACCGCUUCAUGAGCAUCGCGGAGCAGAUGGGCCAUGCUUUGCAGAAGACGAGUGUCUCAGUCAACAUCAAGGAGCGUCUAGACUUCAGCUGCGCCCUGUUCAGUCCUGAUGGUCGUCUUGUUGCCAACGCUCCUCAUGUUCCCGUCCAUCUAGGAUCCAUGGAGCAGGCUGUCAUGUAUCAGCACAAUAAAUACACAGGACAGCUCCGACCUGGAGACGUGCUUGUUGCGAAUCACCCGGUCUCGGGUGGAACACACUUGCCGGACAUCACUUGUAUCACGCCCGUCUUUGACAACGAGGGGAAUAACAUCAUUUUCUACACCGCAUCGAGAGGGCACCACCAAGAGAUUGGAGGGAUUCUUCCCGGUUCUAUGCCUGCUGGUAGUGUCAGCCUGUACGAAGAGGGAGCUAUGAUUGUGUCAGAAUUUCUCGUUAGAGAUGGCAUAUUUGACGAAGAGAUGAUCACGAGGAUCAUGUUAGAGGAGCCAUCUAGACUUCCUGGCUGUACGGGUACAAGAAAGCUCGCUGAUAACAUCAACGACUUGAAGGCUCAAGUGUCAGCGAACGCAAAGGGCGCUUCCCUAGUGUCUGAACUGAUAGCAGAACAUGGUCUUGAAAAUGUCCACUUCAAUAUGCACGCUAUUACCGACAAUGCCGAGGCAUGUGUACGAGACUUCCUUUUGCGCACGUAUAAAGAAACUGGAGGAAAGCCUCUAUUUGCACUCGAUCACAUGGAUGAUGGCACGCCUAUCCAGCUCACCAUCACUAUUGAUCCCGACACAGCGUCAGCACACCUUGAUUGGACUGGUACCGGUGAGCAAGGAUACCACUCCUUCAACGCACCUCAGGCCAUCACACGAAGCGCGACUCUUUACGUCAUGCGCUGCCUCAUAAACCAGGACAUCCCUCUGAACGAAGGUUGUCUACGCCCUCUGACAUUCACAAUUCCAGAGGGUAGCAUUCUUAACCCAUCACCUGAGGCUGCCGUGUGUGCUGGCAAUCCUAUCACAUCACAGAGAGUGACAGAUGUGCUUAUCAAGGCAUUUGCAGCAUCUGCGGCCAGUCAAGGAGACUGCAAUGUUGUUUCCUUUGGUAUCGAUGGCAAUAUAGACACUGCAACUGGAGAUUUGAUACCAGGCACAGGAUUUGGCUUUUGUGAGACUAUAUGCGGCGGGAGCGGUGCUGGUCCAGGGUGGCACGGCACAAGCGGCGUACAUGUCCACAUGACCAACACCAAAAUCUGCGAUCCAGAGAUCAUAGAGAAGCGAUAUCCUAUAGUCCUACGCGAAUUCAGUAUACGAGAAGAUUCUGGUGGUAAGGGUCAGUGGAACGGUGGCAAUGGCAUUCGCCGGAUUUACGAGUUUGGUCGUGACAUGGGCUGUUCUGUUGUCAGUGAGAGGCGUGUGACUAGGCCAUAUGGCAUGAAGGGUGGCGAAGCUGGAAAGCCAGGUGUGAACUACAUCGUCAAGGGUGGUGAAGCCGGCCGAUGGUGCCGAGUUGGCGGCCGCAAAGACUUCAAAGUUGAGGCGGGCGAUUGGUUCGUGAUUGAUACCCCUGGAGGCGGCGCCUGGGGUGAUGUCCAGCAAGGAAAGAUCACGUCUACGGAAAGGAAUGCCGCUGAAAGAAGAUUCGUGAGCCAAUUCAGGUUGGCUCAAGAGACGAGUAACUAG